CCAGAAAACCUUGCAAAUCCUUUGUGUUGCUGGGAAACACUUUAGAGGGAUCCAGAGCCAGGAACCUGGCCACAGAUUCCAAGCGAUGUCCUCGGGUGUGAGAGGCCCAAAGCCCCUCAUUGCGGUCUGCCAAGUGACCUCGACUCCAGACCGAGAACACAACUGGGCAACCUGUUCGCAGCUUGUCCGGGAGGCAACUCGGCGGGAUGCUUGCCUUGUCUUCCUCCCAGAAGCCUUUGACUUCAUCGGCAGCAGCACGGAAGAAACGCUCAGCCUGGCGGAGCCCCUGGAGGGGGAUUACCUUCAGCGCUACGUCAGCCUGGCCAGGGAGUGUGGAGUGUGGUUGUCCCUUGGAGGUUUCCACGAGAGGGGCAGAGACUGGGAAAGCACGCAACGGAUCUACAACUGCCAUCUUCUUGUGGAUCUCAAAGGGUCUGUUGCGGCCGCCUAUCGGAAGAUCCACCUCUUUGACGUGGAGCUGGAGGGGAGGGUCUCCCUGAAGGAAAGCGCCUUCACCAACCCGGGCUCAGAGCUGGUGCCGCCCGUGCCCACCCCAGCUGGAAAGGUGGGGCUGGCCAUCUGCUACGACCUCCGCUUCCCAGAGAUGUCCCUGGCUCUGGCCCAGGCGGGCGCAGAGAUCCUCACCUUCCCGUCGGCCUUCACUGUGACAACCGGUGCUGCCCACUGGGAGGUCCUGCUCCGAGCCCGUGCCGUGGAGACCCAGUCCUACGUGGUGGCUGCGGCCCAGACGGGCCAGCACCACCCUCGCCGCACCUCCUUCGGCCACAGCAUGGUGGUGGACCCCUGGGGCAGCAUCGUGGCCCAGUGCCAGGAGGGCCCCGGCCUCUGCUUUGCCGAAAUCGACCUGGCUUACCUGCACCGCCUCCGCCAGGAGAUGCCCGUCUUUGCCCACCGCCAGCCUCGCUUAUAUGGCCGGGCAGCUGCUGAGUGGGGCUUUGCGUCCCCUUGACGGGCUCAGCUGCCCCUCGGAGGGGGCUUGGCUGCUGCAGCUGGACUCUGCAGGGUGCAGGGGCUCCGGUCGGACAGGAGCUGCUGUCCAGAGGGAAAGUGGGAAGGAGAGAAACCGAAUGCAGGCAACGUCUGAGCUGGGGAGGGAGGCGUUUCGACAUACUCUCCCCCCCCUCAUUGGAGCAUCAGAAGUUUGCUUUUGAGUAUUCAGACAUUCGGGGUUUAGACUGGUGUGGGACCCCGUCGGUCACUUUCCCUCUAGAGCAGCUGCUUUCCUGAAAUAAAUUUUUCAGCCACACGGCUUUCCUUCCUUCACUUUAAUCCAGCUCCUUUUUCUAAGCAGCUCAAGACUCCCUGUUUCCGU